CUUCCUGUCUCCAUAGCGACGGGACCCCGGAAAUACACCCUGAUCAGCUUAGUUUGACUUUAUCAGUCGAGCAAAGUCAAAAAAUGUCAAAGUUGUUUCAUUGUUUAUUUGUUUAAAAUACUCGGUGAACAUGUCGGAGCCAGACGAAGAUCCGAAAGAAGAGAAGAGAAAGGUCUGCAAGAAGAAGAAAAAUAAGGAGAAGCGGAGGGGAGAAAAGAUGGAGGGGGAGAAGCUGGAACAACAACAGGAGGAGCAGAUUCACGAGUCGGUGAAGCACAGUGAGAGUGUAAUCCUACGAGGGAUCUUUAAAGUGGGGAAGAAGAGUCACGAUGUCCUGCUUACCCAAACCAGACUGACCUGGACCCCCAUCAUCCCAGAGACUCCCACAGGUGAGGUGACUGUGCUGCAGCCAGGUAUGCUGCUGUUGCAGGACGUGUUUGCAGUUAAGGUGAAGCGGCGGAGAGCAGCAGGCCAGGAGUCAGGAGGAGCCAUGCUUGGCGUUGCUCUCUUCUUCUGCAAGAGGAAAGGAAGGAAGCUGGAGGAGGACACCCUCCACCUCCACAAUGCCUCAGCAGAACACACACAUGCUUGGUACAAUGCUCUGAAGGAGCAGAUUGCAGGAAUCAGCAGUCGCCCCAGGUAUCUGAAAGUCUUCAUCAACCCCAGCAGCCACAAGAAGGAGGCCGUGCACAUUUACAGGGAAUCUGUCGCUCCUCUUUUCAAGAUGGCCGACAUUCGCACGGACAUUACAGUAACUGAGAAGAAGGGCCACACUCUCUCAGUGAUAAAGGAAUGUAAACUGGACGAAUAUAAUGGAGUAGUAUGUGUUGGUGGGGAUGGAUCUGUGGCAGAGCUGUGUCAUGCUCUGGUCUUCAGAGCUCAGCUAGAUGCAAACUUACCAGAAAAGCCAGUGAAAGCAGUCCUACCAUUAGGAAUCAUACCAGCUGGCUCAACAGAUGUGGUUUCCUGUUCUGUUCAUGGAGUAAGAGAUCCUGUCACCGCAGCUCUGCACAUCAUCCUAGGUCACUUGCAGCAGGUGGACAUGUGCAGCUUCUCACCUGUCGGUCAGUCGGUGCAUUUCGGUUUCUCUGCCAUGUUUGGUUUUGGCGGGCGAAGCUUAGCCCGGGCAGAGAAGAAGAGAUGGAUGGCGUCGUCAAGGAGACGGGAGUAUGCUUUGGUGAAGACAUUGGCUAAGCUGAGACCAGAAGAAUGUGAGCUUUCAUUUUUACCAGCAAAAAAAUCACGUCAGAAUUUAUUUUGGAAUCGAGGCCAAGAUGAAAACCAGGAGCAGGACUCAGAUUUAGAAGGGGAGGGUGAGGCUUCCUGGACAACCAAGCAGGGCCAGUAUCUGAGCAUCAGCGUCAUGUCCAUACCAUGUCUGAGUUCACACGCACCUCGAGGACUGGCUCCAAACACCAGUCUAACCAGUGGCAGUGCGUCACUGAUCGCAGUGGAAAAUACAUCCAGGUCAGAGUUCAUCAAACACCUGAAAAGAUUCGGCAGUUCCAGUGGAGAGUUUAGCUUCUCCUUCGUGGAGACGCAUGCUGUGUCAGCAGUGAAGAUCCGUCCUCUCUCAAUGUCUGGCUUCUCCAAGGAGGAGAGUGAAGAAGAGGGAGACUCCAAAAGCACUCCCAUCAUCCAACCAGAAGGAGCCGCAUUUCCCUGGAAUAUUGAUGGAGAGCUGGUGGAGAUUGCUAAUGAGGUGCUCAUCAGGGUCCACCCCAGACUCAUCUCUCUGUACGGGGAGGAGGUGGAGGAGGCCGAGUCCACCGUCUCCUGCAGCUGCAUCUGAAGAAUCAGUUUACUGAACAAAAUUAUGUUUACAUUUGCUAACGUCUGAUUCCCCCUUCUGUUACUUUUUUUUAAGUUCAGUCUUAUAUUGCUUAUUAAUGUAAAAAAAACAUUAUUUUCAGGCAUGUUAUAGUCCCAGUGGUCCCUGUAGUUUUUUUAAUAAUAUUUUUCCAGACAUUGGAACCAAAAACACUGAUCUGUGGUAAAAGGCUUUCUUCAAACAUCUCAGAAAUGCACACUUUGGUCAACACCUUGAGGAAAACAAAUGCUCGUUUUGUAUAAAAUAUUUUAAUUUUCUAUAUAUUUAUAUUGAUAUAAAUCAGUGAGACUUUCCAGUGCACAAAAUGUCUUUUCAAAAUGAACU